GAUAGAUUCAGUUUUGCCCCUUCUGUCCAUAAGACAGGUCGAAGGGGUAUAGGAAGAGUGUAGUUAAAUUGUGUGUUUGUACCGGCAUUAAUUUGAACGUUUGUGUUCCGUCAAAAGAAUGAAUCAAUAGAAUUAGUAGUAGAAUCUAUUCCAAAAUUCGUUUCUGAGAUAUAGAAAAAGAAAGAAUAAGAAGAAAGAAACCAUUGGGAAGAAAAGAGAUGAUAUAUAUUUAAAGAGAAGAACAAACGAGCUUAAAACUUAAAUUAGUAUUGUCGGAAUAAGUUGUCGAGUCAAAUUGGGUCAGCAGUGAAGAGAAACCACCAUCGAAGAAAGAAAUUAUUCAAUUUCAAUCUAAGGAAGAAUCUUCAACGAGAUUUAACAAUUAACCGGGGUAUACCUUGAUCAUUGUUUUUAUCUAUUAAAUUCUUGUUUAAUUUAAAUCAGGAUAAAAAAAGUUGAUUGAUGAUCAGGAUAAAAAAACAUUAUCGGGAAGUACGAGUUUUUUGAGUCAUCAUCAAAAUGGGUACAACGAGUGCGUACACUGAUUCAGAGCGUAUCAGUGAUGAGGCCAAUCUUAACGGUACUUCGAUCGAAGCUUUCUUUGCUGACUCAGUGAUAUUCGUAACGGGCGCAACUGGUUUUCUUGGAAAAGCUCUCAUAGAAAAGCUUUUGCGAUCGUGUCCUCGCGUAAGCAUGAUCUAUUUACUGAUCCGUCCAAAAAAGGGUCAAACCGUUAAAGAAAGAUUUAAAACGCUCGUAAAUAAUUCGAUUUUCGAUAGAGUUCGUUGCGAACAUCCAGGUGUGAUAAACAAAGUUUAUCCAAUACGAGGAGACGCGAGUGAGCCUGAUCUCGGUUUGAGUGUUGAUGAUAGAAUGACGUUAACUCAAAAUGUGAACAUAGUUUUCCAUUGUGCAGCCACUGUACGUUUUAACGAGCCUCUUAAAGUAGCCGUUAUGUUGAACAUAAGGGCGACCGAUCGAGUAUUGGAUCUAUGCAAAUCCAUGAGCCAUCUUAAAAGUUUUGUUCACGUCAGUACGGCUUACAGUAACGCUGAUAAACGCGAAGUGAAAGAACUCGUUUAUGAAACGAAAAUAACGGCACAAGUUAUUAUGGAUAUGUGUGAAAUUCUUGAUGAUGAAACGUUAACUGUAUUAGAAAAAAAAUUACUUGAAAAACAUCCAAAUACGUAUACACUCACGAAAGGUAUUGCGGAAGAACUUGUAUCGAAGAAAGGAAUUGGUUUGCCGAUCAUUAUAGUCAGACCUAGUAUAAUUUGUGCCGCUUAUCAAGAACCACUUCCAGGAUGGGUGGAUAAUUUAUAUGGUAUUACAGGUAUUAUUACUGAAAUUGGUAGGGGUACCAUUAGAAGUAUAUAUGGCGAUAGAAAGUUAAAAAUCGACGUUGUACCGGUCGACUAUGUCGUUGAUACACUGAUAUGUGCGGCUUGGCAUAGUACGAUACGUCGUGACGGUUCUAUACAAGUUUACAAUUGUGCGAGUAGCACCAUCAAUCCUAUCAGUUGGGGCGAGUUCGCUAAACACAUAAGAAAACAUGUUAUAGAAUCUCCAUCGAAAUACGUUAUGUGGUAUCCCAAUGUCGCAAUUAGAACCAACAGAUUAGUUCAUAAAGUAAUAGUCGUUAUAUUACACUUUUUACCUGCGUUCUUAGUGGAUUUAUUGUUAAUGUGUCAGGGUAGUAAACCUAUCAUGUUGAAUAUGUCGAAACGUAUCGAUCGUGCCGCGAAAGUCGGAGCAUUUUUUGCCUUACAUGAAUGGGAUUUUGCUUUAGACAAUAUGAUGGAUUUGAUAAAACAUGUAAAAACUAUGAACGACUGUAGCCGAUUUCGCGUAGACUUCAAGGAUAUAGAUUGGGAUGCAUACACUCGUCAGUACACAUUGGGUAUUAGAAAAUAUAUUUUAAAGGAUCAUCCCGAUUCUUUGACCAAAGCACGAAGUCGACUUUCCAAGCUAUACUGGCUACGUAAAAUUAUUCAAGCUUUGAGUAUCUUAUUUUUGUAUAAAUUAUUAAAAUACGUUGGUUAGUGAUAUUUAAGGAAUUUUUAAUGUUCGUUUGCUGUAAACAAAAAAUUGAUCAAAUGUUAUAAGAAAACUAUCGUGGCCAACCAAAUCAUUCUUCAUUUUUCUGCAGAUAAUAAAUCAGUGGUUUUUUAUCAUAACUUCUUUUCUGAUGAUAAAACACUAUUUUACUUAAUUGUCAUAAGUAUAUUAAUUAUAUUGCAACAUUUGAUAAGAAAGUUUGAAUAGCGAGACUGCUGAGAUUAUAAAUAAAUUUUUCCUUGGUCCUGAAUACAACGUCCAGACAGAUUACUUAAUGUACAUACUUCUUUAUAGGAGCAACAAUUACGCUUAACACUCGAAAAUGUACAAAUUUGACGUUAUAGAUAGAAUUAUAUAAAAUGACAAGGAGAAUCAACGAAGGACCAUCGAUUUCUGAACGUUUCGAUUUUAAUACUUUUAAUGCAUAUCGUAUUUAUUGUACAUUUAUGAGAAUCGAUCAGAAAUUUCACUUUUACUAAUGUAUUUCA